GGCGGUGGGUGUGGCAUGUGGGCGGGGCGAGGCGACGCCCGUGCCCCUCCCCCUCCCCUUCUAGAGGGGGCAGUAGCCGCGCCGUAAAGAUUUGGAGUUGACAAAGGCGCGGGGACGCGACCGGCACAGGGGUGUCGCUUGUGAACCCCGUAGCCCUGUUGUGAUGCGCAAGCCUGCCCCGAAGCUCGCGCAGCGCGUUCUGGUGGGUGAGGAGGAGAAGGGGGAGGGCUUUGCUGGCGGGAGUGGUGGACGCAUCCGCGCCAUUCCGGACUUUGGGAAGCUGUCCCCUUUCUCCAGCUGCGUGGAAAGUGACUUUUGUCGCGGGCUGCCAUUCAGUAGCAUCCCUGAGGGGCGCGAGGAGCUACGGGUGUAUGUCGUGGAGACAUCGAGAAGGGGCUGAGGUGUGCUUUGGAGUGAGCAUUUUAAAAGCAAAAGUAAUCCCGGGCAAGGUUGACACAAUUUUUUAAUCCACGACACAGCUUCGUCGCUUUGAAAUAGCUGUCGGACGCUAACAGUUCAACAGGACUCUGAUUUGCCAUCCUGUUAUAUACAGUACCAAAACAAUGCCAGUUCUGAGAAGUAACUUGGUAUCUUCAAAUGACAAUGUUGCAAGUGACACUUCAAGUCUCCAUGGAAUGAAUUUCUCAAAUGAAGUAAUAAUACCUUUUGAAAAAAGCUCAGCAAGCCUGCUUGAGAAGAAUGGCUAUCAGGAUUCUAUUUACCUAAAUGCUGCCAACAUUUUUCAAGGCAUUCAUAAUGAAAAGCCUCAAGAUAAAAUAUUGGUAAAAUAUGGGAAUGGGCCACUACCUUCCCUUCCAGAUUUCAAAGAUGAACAAUUCCAGCGUUUGUCCUAUGAACUGGCUUUCAGUGCUCUAAAAUAUCAAGAUGUUCUUGAAAAUAUAUUGGUAGACAGUGGCAUUUAUCCAAUGCAGUCAAUAUCAGAUCAAUUGACCAGUCUGGUUGUUGUAAUGCUAUAUGAUCUUCAGGAUCGGAAAUUUGAAGCUCGCUAUAAUACUAAUGAUGAAGAACCGAUAGCAGAGGUCCAAGAAGUUGAGCAUUAUCUAUGCAGUUUUAAGACAAAACUGGCUGCUGCAUUAGCAAGAUGUCGAAUCAAACACGAUGCUCUUUCUAUAGAACACAUUCUGCCAGAAACGAUACGGAAACAAGAACAAAGGGCUUCUGCACUACCCUUGUAUGCAUGGGUAAAUAUGCUUAAAAUAAGCCUUGAAGAAGUCCAUAAUUCUUUACAGAAAGAGGGAUUCACUAAAGUGGAAUCAGUCUCCAAUCUUGGUGGUUAUUCAUAUUGCCUAGAUAAGCACUGUGAAGACGUACUCAUUUUCCCUUCCAUUCUUAAAGAAAAGCUUCUUGCUCUGGAACUGUUUACUAAUUACAAGCUCUUAUUGCAGGAUAAGUCCCGGAGCCUUGCUUUACAUUCAGUGAAGGCCUUGCUGAAUAUGGAUGAUGAUGUGUUAAUAGCCCACAUGGGUUCAUGGCUUACUCUGGCUCAUAUGUCAGUGCUGACAAAUCAGGAGACUUCCAAAGUGUUUGUGUGUGGAAUAAAGUCUAUGGCAAAGGAAUCUGAACUGAAGGACUUGUUCACACAGAUGGAGUGUAAAAAUAUUGAGCUAUUACAUGAAGAUUUUACAAACAUUGAAUCAACUGACCACAAGCUGCAGAAAGUUAAAGUUAUUUUGCUACUGCCUCGGUGUUCAGGCCUGGGUGUUAGCAAUCCAAUAGAAUUUAUUCUAAAGGAGCAUGAAGAUGCAGAACUACUUCGAGACCUCUCUCAAGGCUGUGUAGCAGAAGAUAAACUCAAUACCCUUGCUCAACAGCAGCUUAAAGAAUUAACACAUGCAAUGCAGUUCAGUAAAGCGCAAGCUGUUGUCUACUGCACCUGUUCAGUUUACCCAGAAGAAAAUGAAGCUGUGGUGAACAAAGCACUGGCAUCUGGAGCAGGAGGAACGAAGGCCCAGCCUUACAAGCUUUGUCCGCCUGUUCUUCCGUUGUGUUGCAAAUCGGAAAUAAGUACUUCUACAGAGAACUUCUUCAAACUGGAGCCAUCAGAUAUUUCUAAUAGCUGUUUUAUAGCUGUUCUAACGCGAGAGAGGGAUCCAUCUGAGUCUGUGUCAGUGAAAGAUGUUUUAGCUCGUGCUGCAGCAAAAGGGCUAUUGGAAGGGAUUGACUUAGCUAAGCCAGCUAAGAGAGAAGAGAAAAAGAAAAAGAAACAAAAAGUAACUCAAUCAAAGACUGCUACUAAAGAGGCAGUGAUACAGUCCAGAAUUCAGGAGUUCCUGGAUCGAGAAAUGAAACCUAGCACUAUUGAGUCAGACACUUCCAUAUCUAAUUUAAUUGCCAGUGCUUCUCAAAGAACUGUGAACCAGACAAAUGGUUCCAUUCUCCUCAAGAAAACAGCCAAACCCCUCUCAAACUCAUCUCUACCUGUGAUGUCAAAAAAUUCUCUUACUUCAUCUUCUAUGCAAAAAAUGUUUGAAAAACAGCGAAACAUUAGAAAGCCAAAGUCUGACGAUAGAGUGAUGGUCUUGAAACCUGUUGAAAUCGUCCUGCCUCCGGUAAUGAUACCAUACUUCAACCCACAAGGGAACAGAUCCCAAAUUUCAUCUAACCACUAUUAUUAUAAUUGGGGUGGAACAUCUGGCAUGCUUAGCCCUUCUGCAUCCAAAAAACUGAUCAAGACAAAAGAACCCUCGCCAUCUACAGCUAAGCAUUCUCGUCCAUGGCUUUGAAGACUGCCUUUUGUAACUGCUUAUUUACCAUAAUUCUUUCAGAAUUUGAAACUUGUAUACUUCUAAUGGUAAAAAACAAAAACACAACACCUUGGGCAUUAAAUACUCAUCUGCAUAGGAACCAAACUGCUUUAGGAAGCAGUUAAGAUGCACAUAUCCCUUUCCAUGUCUACUAUGAUGGUUGUAAAGGGGCUGUUCUGCUGAAAAGGCUUUUUAGUAAACUUUGAAAGUCGAAAUGCUUAAAUCUAAUAUGCACACUCAGAUUGUGCAAAUACUAGGAGGUAAACUAGAAAAAGUUUAUAUGGGCAAUAGCUUAUCCACUUAGAAUACAGCAGAGACAUUUUGUGUGAGUGUACUCACAUAUACUAAGUUUUAAGGCUUGCCAUUACAAUUAUAAACAAGAACAGGGCUUCUAAAAGUAGAAGUGGAUUUCAGUACUUAUUCUCUAGAUAUUUCAGUGUAAAGCCUUGGGAAUUUUGAAUACUUUACCUUGUUUCUUUUUCUAAAAUUGGUUCCAGUCUGCAGAGUGAUCUUUCAAGACUUCCGCCUGUUUAAUAAUCUGCUCAAAUCUUCUUUUCCAAAAGGACUGGAUUUUUUGAAAGCAAGUUGUGACAGUUUUGGCUUUAAAAAUAGGACGCCACCAUCUCAUUGAAAAAGGACAAGAACGUUUUCGGGCUUUGUUUGUAAGGCAGCGUAAUUACUGGAUGGUUUCACUUGCUACUGCUAGACAUUGAACUCCACUAGUAAGUCAGUAUAAAUCUUCAGGUUAUUAUGUAGCAAUAUUUAAAUGGAAACAAAACCUAUUAAACAAUUCCUGAUUUAUGCA